CCUACCUACACCUAUGUAGGUACUUUCGUUUGUCGAUUGUCGUUCGUUUGACAUUUGUUUUCUGAUUGUUCGUCGUGAAUAUGAGGGCAAAAAUCGUUGUUUAUUAUUCAAUGUAGAGGUGUACUUAAUGUGAACGCUAUCAUAAUAUGUUCGUUGUUGUUUAUUUAGUAUCACACAGUCGUUUGCCCGAGUUUGUUGGGUGUGUUUGUUAAUAAUGUACCAUCGAUAGAUUUCCCAGAUAAAUCUGUGCAGAAAAAGGAAGAUGACAGAUAUUAUCUGCAAUAGUGGCAUUGUAUCCGCUUAAUUGUGUUUAUUAUUCACGAUGUCUACAAGCACGAGAUCUGCCAACAUAGGCUUUAAGCCGAUCGAAGUGUCAAAGGCUUUGCAGGAGGGAGAAAAAUUUAUCAAAUGGGAUGAGGAUUCUGGUAAUGGUUUGCCAGUCACUCUUCGUGUGGAUCCCAAAGGUUUCUUCUUAUUUUGGACUGAUCAAAAUUUGGAGGUGGAAAUGCUGGACAUUGCCACUAUUAGAGAUGUGAGAACAGGAGUUCAUGCUAAAGUCCCUAAAGAUCCGAAGAUUCGAAAUUUAGUGCUGAUCGGCUCACAGGGUUCAUUGGAGGAGAAGACGGUCACCGUAUGCUAUGGGGCUGACUUCGUCAAUGUCACUUUUAUAAAUUUUUGCUGCACAAGAAAGGAAAUUGCCCAAAUGUGGACCGAGGAGUUAUUCGCGCUGGCGCACAACCCGUACCAACUAAACAAUCCCACCAUCAAGUUCCUAGAAAAACUACACACGAAGAUAAUUCUCAAGGCUGACAAAUCUGGGAAGAUACUCGUCAAAAACAUCGUCAGGUUAUUUGCUCAAAACAAAGAAGACAAGAAACGGGUGGAGAAGGCUCUGAGCGAGUCGGGCCUGCCCACCGGCAAGAAUGACACCAUAAGCCAUUCCAAAUUCCAGUUUGAGGACUUUUUCGCCUUUUACAAGAGCCUCACGCAGCGCACAGAAGUACAGAAGAUAUUUAAUAGUCUAACGGACGGCAAACCCCACCUAUCGGCCACGCAACUGGUGGACUUUCUGAACGAGGUGCAACGCGACCCUCGCCUCAACGAGAUCCUGCACCCGUACGCGGACCUGCAACGGGCGAAGGACCUCAUUAAAGCAUACGAGCACAACAAGUAUCACCAGCAGAGGUCGCAGCUUACCUUUGACGGAUUUUUAAGAUUCCUAAUGUCGGAGGACAAUCCAAUAGUUCCGUUAAGGAAGUUGGACCUCUGCGACGACAUGGAUCAGCCGCUAGCACAUUACUUCAUCAACAGCUCUCACAACACGUAUCUAACGGGACAUCAGAUCACCGGCAAAUCUAGCGUGGAGAUAUACAGACAGAGCCUAUUGGCUGGCUGUAGAUGUGUAGAGCUAGACUUCUGGAAUGGCCGCACCGAGGAGCCCGUCAUAGUCCACGGAUACACUUUCGUGCCUGAGAUCAGCGCAAAAGAGGUGCUGGAAGCGAUCGCUGAAAGCGCUUUCAAGACUUCCGACUAUCCUGUGAUACUGAGUUUCGAAAACCAUUGCAACCCGCGCCAACAGGCGAAGAUCGCCAACUAUUGCCGGGAGAUAUUUGGAGAGAUGCUACUGGAUAAGCCAUUGGACUCGCACCAGCUUGAACCAGGAGGGGAGUUGCCGCCGCCGUCUCUGCUCCGGCACAAGAUCAUAAUAAAGAACAAGAAGAAGCACCACCACCACCACAAGAAGGAGGAGUCUAUCGCGUCCGAGGAGUCGGAGCCGCGGCCCGAGCAGUCCGCCAUACAGGGCAACGGGGAAAUCACACAUUCCACUCUAGUCCGCCAAGGGUCCAAAGACUCGACGUCGUCAGACUCGGAGAGCUCGUCGGGCGAGGAGGAGGCGGGCGGCGGCGACGGCGCGGCCGGUGACGGCGAGGGCGGCGGCGGCGGCGCGGGCGGCGCGGGCGGCGGCGACGACGCGCGGGAGACGCACGCCGCCGCCGAGAUCUCCGCGCUCGUCAACUACGUGCAGCCCGUACACUUCAGCUCCUUCGAGAGCGCCGAGAAAAAAAAUCGUUUCUACGAGAUGUCGUCAUUCGAUGAGAAACAAGCGACCACUUUACUGAAAGAGAGACCCAUAGAGUUUGUGAACUAUAACAAGCACCAGUUGUCGCGCGUCUACCCGGCGGGGACGAGGUUCGAUUCUUCCAACUUUAUGCCACAGGUAUUCUGGAACGCGGGAUGUCAGCUGGUGGCGCUCAACUUCCAGACGUUGGACUUAGCGAUGCAGCUCAACCUUGGCACUUUUGAGUACAACGGCCGCUGCGGCUACUUGCUCAAGCCGGAAUUCAUGCGCCGGAAGGACCGGCGACUGGAUCCGUUUGCGGAGAGCACGGUGGAUGGCAUCAUCGCGGGCUCGCUGUCGGUGACGGUGCUGUCGGGCCAGCUGCUCACGGACAAGCGCUGCGGCACCUACGUUGAGGUGGACAUGUUCGGCCUGCCCGCCGACACCGUCCGCAAGAAGUUCCGCACCAGGGUCGCGCCCAACAACGGCAUCAACCCCGUUUAUGGCGAAGAGCCGUUCGUAUUUAAGAAGGUGGUGCUGCCAAAGCUGGCAAUGAUCCGCAUCGCAGCGCAUGAGGAGAGCGGACGUCUGUUGGGGCACCGUGUGCUGCCGGUGGUGGGACUGUGUCCCGGUUACCGCCACGUCAACCUACGCACCGACCUCGGUCUGCCGCUGCCCGCCAGCCUGCUGCUACUCGUCGUCGUUAAGGACUAUGUGCCGGACCGACUGUCUGAGUUGGCGGAGGCACUAGCGAACCCGAUCAAAUACCAGAGCGAGUUGGAUAAGCGCGAGCACCAGCUGGCCGUACUCACCGAAGACACGGAUGUGCCGCCGCCCGCUGCCACCACCGUCCCCGUCGCCGCCGCUGCCCCGACUGACGCACGAGCCCCGUGCGCUAUGCCGAUUAGGCACGAAAGCACAUCUGACGGUAGUCCGAGCAAGACAACCGUAGCUGUCGUGGAGACAAAGAAACUAAUAGAAAGCGAGACAACAACUGCGAUACCGUCACCGCCGCCCACUAACGACAAAGAAUCUCAAGACCAAUCAGAUAACAAGUCGAAUGGAGGUUCAGAUGAGACCCUAUCCGAGAACUUGGAAAGCUUGUUAUCAAGCGAGCUAGUCCGUAAGAAGCGAGCCGAGUUAGCACGCAAGUUGGACGCGCUGCGACGCAAGCACGACAAAGACAAGCGACCCACCUCUGCCAAGUUCUACGUCAGCAAUAAACUUGUUAAGAAACUCUCCUCGAAAAAUAUCUACAGCGGCAGCGGCGCGGGCGAGGCGGUGGCGGCGGCGGAGGAGGCGGGCGCGGGCGAGGCGGCGGCGCUGGAGCGCGAGCUGCGGCUGCGCUACCACCACGCCAUCUACGCCGCGCUCGAGAAGCACGUGCGCAACGACCAGCACCACCAGAUGAAGGCGCUCACUGACUCGUUAGAAUUGGAAAAGAAAGAGAUCCUGAACAAACUUGCGUGUUCGCGGAAAGAAGACGUGAAAGCGCUUGCCAAGAAGACCAACAGGGAUAAGGAUGAAAUACUUAGGAUAAAGAGGGAAAUACAUUCUCAAUCCGUGGAGCGCGGCGUGGCGGAGUGCUCGCGGCUGGAGCAGGCGUACGCGCGGCGCCGCGAGGCGCUGGCGCGCCGCCACGAGCGCCUGCGCGCGCUGCUGCAGAAGCACCGGGACCAGGAGCUUUUAGAAUUAGAACGCCUAUGCGGCGGUGCGCCCGAAGGUUAAAGCGUGGGGUCACCCCGUCCCCCGCCCCGCCGCGAGGAGCGCCGGCCCCGCCGCCCUCGGCUCUGUCUCGAUACGUACGUGAGUCUCAGCGUCACUGUGUGUUAAUUUUGUUUUAGGAAUCUGUGAUAUUAUCGCCUAAGGAGCAAAACGUAGGAGUGACUGACGAUCGACGCGCUCGUGUCGCCUCCGGCCCGCACGUUACGCCAGUAUUGUUUUCUCUACCCGCAAUCUCAUAGUUUAAGUUCGAUUCUGAGGUGUGAUGUUCCCGGACUGUCGGUUGUUUGCGUAUCGGUGUGUUUGUACGCCACGUCGACCCUGUUUUACCUAUUGUAAACUUGUACUUUCGGCAGACAUAUUGUAUGUACUAUGUUUUCGCUCGAUUCGUACACACCGUGUGGCAAUUUCUUGAUAUAUAUAUAUAUAUAUAUA